CAAAAAAUGGAAAGUUGUUCAGUAAAGCCCUUAAAAAGAUUACCUACCAAGAAGGAAUGCAUCAAAUCUCUAGGGGAUAUAAGCAAACUUCCUAAGCGUUUACAGAUAUGAUUUGAAGAAGAGGAUAUAGAUCAGCAGUUUAUAAGGAAAAAGCCUUUUUCAGGCCCUGAUUGCGAUACUUAUGAGUGGAUUUACAGGCAUGAUACACCUCAACAGACACUUGCUGAGUAUCAUGCAGAUGGGCCUAAUAAGGUGUAUAGCAAUCAGUGCAAAGUAUACCUCAAACCUCAGGAUGAGAAAAUACCUGAGUACUUCCUCACUUGCUGAUUCAAAUAUGCUAAAGCAUUCUUCCACGGAAUGCAUGUUCAACUUCUGCCUUGAGGUGACUGGAAAAACCUAGACAUCAAAGUGUAUGAAAAAUCAUAUGGAAUUCAGCUUGAUUCCAGUGAUAUUAUGGAGAAGACCUUUUACAAAAAGCCAAAGGACACCUACACAUAUAUGAACAUUGUCAGAGACGAUCUCAGUAGAAAAGGCUUUGGAUAUGUAAUAGGUGUUUCUAAUUUCAAAUCAAAUACUGGUGUCUUUUCAACUGCCCGAUAUGAUCCCGAAUGGAGAAAAUGCCUCUCUCCAGGGGAUGACGAUGAGGAGGACGAAAAGGAAGAAGAGAUUAGCUACGAAUCAUUAGUCCACAAACAGAACCAGUUCAAUAGACUGUUGUUCAGAUCCCUAAAAGUUCUGGCCCAUGAAAUAACUCACACAUUCUGAAUGCCUCAUUGACCGUACUACGAGUGAUUAAUGAAUGGAUCCAACACGAUCAUUGAAGGCAAAAGAAAACCGAUGUAUUUAUGACCAGUAUGCUUGCGUAAAAUGCAAUCAGUCAUCGGAUUUGACAUAAUAGAAAGGUACCAGAAAAUAGUCGAAGUCAUUGAAGAACUUGAAAACCCUUUCUUUGAAGACACCCUCGCCUGGUAUAAAGAAAGACUAGAGCAAGUUGAGAAUAGAGCUUUUAAGGAAGGAGCUUACAAGCCUUACAGAAUCGUACAUCCUGAGGUGCCGCUGCCAAUGAAGAAAGUGGUUAGGACUGUAGUCAAGAAAAAGAAGCCUGCUCGACCAGGACUCAUGCCAAAGGAAGAAGUCAAGAAGAGUAAUACUAAAGGCAAGAAAUUAACUGCUAUUCAAAGAUUAAUAAUGGAGAAAAAGAAUAAAAAAUAAUCAUUCAACAUAA